CUGAGCGGGGCUUGGGCACUCAUUGAGUGAGAGCCGCUGGGAGCCGGAGCGCCGUUACUUUGUAUCCAGCCGGAGCCAAGUGGCACUUUGUAUCCAGUCAGAUCCCACUGAUACUUUGUAUUCGCCGCCGGGCUCCAUUCUGUCUCCGUAUCAGCAUCGCUCUCUACAUCACUCCCUCUCCGCUUUCUCUUUUCCUCUCUCCGCCUCGCGGGCGGCGGGUCAGGGCCGGACAGCCACAGGGGGUGGGGGGUAACCCCCGGAGCCCAGGAGUUCGAGGCCGGGUCAGAGGGAGAGAAGAGGCCCGAGUGGAGCGGAGCCGCCCCGCGGCCAUGGUUCGCACAGAAGCGGCGGUGCUGCUGGCGGCUGUACUGUGGAUAACAGUGGAGGCAGAUGGAAUCUCGCUGUGCAUGUCUGGAUUUACAGAAGAUACAUACCACGCAGUGGUGUCAAGGGACAUUCAGAAAGGACAACUGCUCUUAAAUGUGGAGUUCAACGACUGCUUUGGAAAUGUUUUGAUUCGCUAUGAGACCAGCAACCCCAAGUUCAGAGUCCAGCAAGAUGGUGUGGUGUAUGCAGCCAAGAGCUUUCAAAUCCCUGUGAAACAGUUGAAGUUUAUAAUAACGGCAUAUGAUGCUCAGUCACAGCAGCGUUGGCAAGCUGCCGUCAGGUUGACCGUGAGGCCAGAGAGUAGCACCAAGCAAAGUGGACAGAAGAGCUGGAAGACCAACGGCAUCGCUUUGCCCCAGACAGUUCCGGAUAUCUUUUUCCCCGAAUUCCGGCCGCAGAGCAACGGUCAGCUGAAGCGUCAGAAGAGAGACUGGGUCAUCCCGCCCAUCAGCGUGCCCGAGAACGCCCGUGGUACUUUCCCACAGGAAUUGGUCAGGAUCCGAUCGGACAGAGACAAAAACCGUUCAUUGCGCUACAGUGUCACCGGACCAGGAGCCGACCAACCACCAACUGGGAUUUUCAGCAUUAGUCCCAUCUCUGGCCAGCUAGCUGUGACCAAACCUUUGGAUCGGGAGCAAAUAGCUUCCUAUCAUCUCAGAGCUCAUGCGGUAGACUUGAAUGGGAAUCAAGUGGAAAACCCCAUCGACAUUGUUAUAAAUGUUAUUGAUAUGAAUGACAACCGACCCGAAUUUCUGCAUCAAAUCUGGAAUGGAUCUGUUCCUGAAGUGUCAAAGCCAGGCACAUUUGUAAUGACCGUUACUGCAGUUGAUGCCGAUGACCCAAACACGGCCAAUGGUAUAUUGCGAUACAAGAUCCUUUCCCAGACACCAAGCAGCCCUUCUUCAAACAUGUUCACCAUCAAUAAUCAGACUGGGGAUAUCGUCACCGUGGCAGCGGGGCUUGACCGCGAGAAAGUUCCACAGUACACGUUGAUAAUUCAAGCAACAGACAUGGAGGGAAGUCCGAUGUAUGGCCUUUCCAACACCGCUACCGCUAUCAUCACCAUCACGGACGUCAAUGACAAUCCACCGGAGUUUACUGCUGCUACUUUCUAUGGAGAAGUCCCGGAAAACAGGGUUGAUGUUAUUGUUGCAAACCUUACAGUGACAGACAACGAUCACCCCCAUAGCCCUGCUUGGAAUGCAGCCUACAGUAUAAUUGGCGGUGAUGCGACAGGACGAUUUGCUGUUCUGACUGACCCCGUCAGUAACGAUGGCCUGGUGACCGUUGUCAAGCCUAUCGAUUAUGAAACCAGCAGAGCUUUUGUGCUGACAGUGAUUGCGGAAAAUCAAGUGCCCCUGACAAAAGGCAUCCAGCUUCCGCCCCAGUCGACAGCCACCGUCUCCAUCAAUGUCAUUGACGUGAACGAGAGCCCGCAGUUUGUUCCAAACCCGAAGCUGAUCCGGCAGGAAGAGGGACUUCCCGAGGGCAAGAUCCUGACGAUAUUCACAGCGGAAGACCCGGACCGUUACAUGCAGCAGACACUGAGAUAUUCAAAGUUGUCAGAUCCAGCAAACUGGCUAAAAAUCGACCCCCUACAUGGUCAGAUUACUACAAUUGCUGAGCUGGAUCGAGAGUCGCCAUACGUUAAGAACAACAUGUACAACGCAACGUUCCUGGCAGCAGAUAGUGGCAUCCCUCCAGCUACUGGGACAGGAACUCUGCAGAUUCUGCUGCUGGAUGACAAUGAUAAUGCCCCACAAGUGUUCCCAGAAGAAGUCUCCAUCUGUGAGAAACCCGAUCCCAAUGCCAUUAACAUCACAGCUAUUGAUCCAGACAUCGAUCCCAACACUGGGCCUUUCGCCUUCGAGUUGCCUGAUGCGCCAGCAGAUGUGAGGCGGAACUGGACUAUAACUCGUCUCGAUGGAGAUUCUGCACAGUUGAGCCUGAAGAUUGGAUUCCUAGACGAUGGCAUCUAUGAGGUCCCAAUAAUGAUCAUGGAUUCUGGAAACCCACCCAUGUCUGCCACGUCUGUGCUCCUGAUCAAAGUCUGUCCAUGUAACGAGAAUGGGGACUGCACCUCAGUUGAAGCUAUUGUUGCUGCCGGUUUGGGAACAGGCGCUAUCAUUGCAAUCCUCCUCUGCAUCAUAAUCCUGCUCAUCUUGGUCUUGUUGUUUGUGAUAUGGAUGAAGCGGCGAGACAAGGAGAGGCAAGCCAAGCAGCUGCUGAUAGACCCAGAGGACGACGUCAGAGACAACAUCCUGAAAUACGAUGAGGAAGGUGGCGGUGAGGAGGACCAGGAUUAUGACCUCAGCCAGCUUCAGCAACCAGACACGAUGGAGCCUGAUGCGAUAAAACCAAUGGGCAUCAGGCGGGUGGACGAGAGACCUAUUCACGCUGAGCCUCAGUACCCCGUCCGCUCGACUGCCCCUCAUCCUGGUGACAUCGGCGACUUCAUUAAUGAGGGUCUCAAGGCAGCAGACAAUGAUCCCACUGCACCUCCUUAUGACUCGCUGCUGGUGUUCGACUACGAGGGAAGUGGUUCAACAGCAGGAUCCUUGAGCUCCCUCAACUCCACGAGUUCUGGUGGAGACCAGGACUACGAUUACCUGAAUGACUGGGGGCCACGUUUCAAGAAGCUGGCGGACAUGUAUGGCGGAGGCAGUGACCUCUAGGGCCCUGAUUUCUUCUCUUCCCCCCCCCCCCCCCCCACCCCACCUGGAUCAAAUGUUGCUGACUACGAACUGUUAACCGAUUUAUUCCCAGCAGAAGCAACAGGCAUACAUACACAUCACACUCACGAGAUAAAGGCUAGGCUUUAACUCACUAGUCAGUUAUAACAGGCGCUUGUCAAAAGCUUUGGUGUAGGUUGCAAAGUUUGCAUCAGCGGAAUAAUCGGUAAAUUGACACUGUUUUAAGGAGAGGUUGGUUAUAAGAGCUCUGUCACACUUGAACUUCAAAGUACAGAAGCACUGGGACGUUGUGCCUUUUUGUACACUUUUUCAUCUGAUGCAUUAGAGUUAAGUUACACGCUUUAACAAUAACUGUGACAUUUUUUGAAGUGAUUAUCUCUUUUUUUUCUGCCACUCCUCCUCAGGUGAAAAUGGGGAUGGGGGAAAACAUGGUUUAGGAAAUAAUCAGCUGUUCUCUGCUUUUUUUAGUUUUAAGAAAGAUGCUAAGAACACCAAAUUUCAUAAACCUGCUGUCCGUUUUCUUAAGCGUGGAAGGUCAGCCAAUCAUCUAUCGGAUUCCUGUUUUGGAAGUGCUAAAGUUUAACUUGGGUUGAGUCGAGAGUUAAAUGGUGGAGAUCACCGCCUGGAUUUAUAAUGGGGCCUUUUAGAUUUUGUCCUCUCGAUGAGGGUUUGGGGUUGGGAACAGAAGUUUACAUUUGGGAAGAAGAGUUUGUGUUCCAGACUCAAGCCAAGACCUGAUACCGACAUUUCUUUUUGGUUGUUUUUUUUUGUUUUAAAUCCACUGUAUAAAAUGAAAGUGUACAUAAUGUUAAAAGCUGUAGUCGACAAGAUCUUUGGGACAUGUUUGAGAAAAAAAUUUCAAAAAAGAAAAAAAAAUGAACGAUUCCAAGGAAUUUUUGUUGCAUGUUUUUCCCCUGAUUGGGUGAACCUAGCGAUGGAGAACACUUCUGGAGAAAAUGAUUGUUGACUGAUUUGAGACGUAGAUAGACCAUGACAACGAUGACUAUUUUCUUUGUAAUUCUUAACUAGCACAAGCAUUUUACAUAAUUUGUACCAAAAAGCAGCAGGGGUGGGGUUGUAGCUGGAGCACUAAUUAAUGAAACAAGAGGGAAUAGCAAUGGUGUUGGCAAUUUUACCGUUCACCUCUGCCCCUGAAAUAAAUUAAAGGCUACUUUUUUGAUUUUU